AUGACGAUUAGGAAGAGAGAAGGGAGGAAGAGAGAAGAUGAAGAGACUAAUAGGGGUUUUGGGUUCCGUUGCCUGCAAGGAGGGAGGAAUAAAAUAGGACCCACUAUAUACACUUUAGCUAAUGCUUUGGCAAUUGCUCAACAUCAUGAUGCAGGUAGUGGCACCAAAAAGCAGCAUGUGGCUGAAGAUUACCAGCUCCCUACUAUCACUUUUGUAUCUCAAGUUCUUCAGUUCUUUUGCCUCCAAUCUGCCUCAACUGAUUUUGAUUUGACGAGUCAUUUGGUGUGGCCUGGUGCAACUCUUUUGAAUAUUUACCUUUCAAAAAAUCCUGAGAUGCUUAGCAGAUGUUCUGUGAUAGAAUUAUGCUCUGGUGUUGGUGUUACUAGAAUUCUCUACAGCAGAGUUUGCUGCGAAGUCAUAUUAGCAGACCAUAAUGAGGAAGUUCUCAAGAUCCUGAAUAAAAAUAUAGAUCUCCACUCGUCUACUGACAAUUCUAAUGGUUCUGCUGGUUUUAGACCCUAGUUCCAUAGAUCAAAUUGUAGAGGGUUCUGAGGGCUCCAAUUUAAUCUAAAUGAAUCGAAUUAUUGUCGUUGGGAAUUUUUAUUUUCUUGGAAGCUGUUGGAUCGAGGUAGGGAUUUUUCCUACACUU